GUGUCAGUCAGUUAUCAUCAGCCAUCAAUCGUCCAUCUGGUUUACUGCUAAAAAUCCAACUAUUAUUACCAAAGUUCUUACAAUACAAGGUCAAGAAGAUUGAUUUGGCUGAUAACAGUGCACUUAUCUAUGUUUACCAUGUUCAUGUUGUGUUGAUACGGCCAUAGAAUGUCUCUCAAAACUAUUUUGCGGCUUCGUGAACUGGCCAGAAGUAGAGUAUUGAAUUUCACUCCAGUGGCUAUCCGAAGCUUUAGCGAGAACAAAUCUGGAGAUCAACAACAAAGAUGGCGGAGAAACUGGAAGAUAACUGGAUCGGUUCUACUUGGCUCUGUUCUCAUUGGGUCUGCCAUUACAGAUAAACUAGAUGUCAAGCAAAAGUUGAAAAAGAGUAAGAAGGAAGCAACUGACGUAGCGUGUGAAGCCGGUGUCAAGCGGCCUGAUCUGCCCACAUUCAGGGCCGACGAGGUCAGCAAGCAUGAUUCCAAGAAAAGUUUCUGGGUAACGUACAAGCAUGGUGUCUACGACGUGACCAAGUUCCUGCCUUCCCACCCGGGCGGGGAGCAGAUCCUCAACGCGGCCGGGCUCAGUAUAGAGCCCUUCUGGAAUGUCUACGGCAUGCACCUGACGCCCGAGGUGUUCGGCCUGCUCGAGACUUACAGGAUAGGUGUGUAUGACUUACAGGAUAGGAUAGGUGUGUAUGACGCGACCAAGUUCCUGUCUUCCCACCCGGGAGGCGAGCAGAUCCUCAACGCGGCCGGGCUCAGUAUAGAGCUCUCUGGAAUGUCUACGUUCCUGUCUUCCCACCCGGGAGGCGAGCAGAUCCUCAACGCGGCCGGGCUCAGUAUAGAGCCCUUCUGGAAUGUCUACGGCAUGCACCUGACGCCCGAGGUGUUCGGCCUGCUCGAGACUUACAGGAUAGGUAACCUCCACGACGACGACGUGGUAGACCACUCGGACGACGAGCUGUGGGUGCGCGAGCCCUACCGCGACAACGGCUACAGCGUCUGCGUCAUCGUCAAAGACCGCGGCGUCAGAACGAAAGACUUCACUCUCGAAGACCUGAACAAGUUCAAACACGUCACCUUGAGAGCGGCGUUGAUCUGCUAUAGUAUUCGCGUCAUUGUGAAAGACCACGGCGUCAGAACGAAGGACUUCACGCUCGAAGACCUGAACAAGUUCAAACACGUCACCUUGAGAGCGGCGUUGAUGUGCGCGGGGAAUCGACGCAGUGAAAUGAACGAGCAGGUGAAGCCGGUGAAAGGCAUCAGCUGGGCGGGCGGCGCCGUAUCCAACGCGCGCUGGGGCGGCGUGCUACUGCGCGACGUGCUCGUGCACUGUGGAGUCGAUUUGGAGAACACCGAGGGGAAACACGUCAUUUUCACAGGCUCGGACAUAGACGCAACGGGCGUGAACUUCAGCACGUCCAUUCCUUUAUCCAUGGCGGCCGACCCCACCAGCCGUAUAUUACUAGCUACGACGAUGAACGGCGCCGCGCUGCCGCCCGAUCACGGCUAUCCGUUGCGCGUCGUCGUGCCCGGCGCGCCUGCUGUGCGCAGCGUUAAAUGGCUGGAAUCAAUAACUAUCUCUGAAGACGAGAGCCCGUCGCACUGGCACCAGAAGGACUACCGCGCCUUCAACCCGUCCAAAACGUGGGAGACGGCGGACUUUGCUACCGCGCCGCCGGUAUACAGUCUCCCCGUCACGUCCGCAUUCUGCCGGCCGCAGUCCGGCGAUACGGUGCCGGUUUGCAGCGGGCACGUGGUGGCUACGGACCACCACCACGUCGCGCCGCCGGUGUACAGUCUGCCCGUCACGUCCGCCUUCUGCCGGCCGCAGUCCGACGAUACGGUGCCGGUUUGCAGCGGGCACGUGGUGGCUACGGGUUACGCGUACUCCGGUGGCGGCGCUAAGAUCUUGCGGGUAGAUGUGAGUGCUGAUCAAGGCAAGACCUGGAUCGAAGCUGAACCGACGGCCGUGGACCCAGCACCUCACAAGCAGCACUACUCCUGGAUGCUGUGGAAAGCUAACAUACCCGUGGAUAAGGGGCAGAAAGAGGUGGAGCUCUGGGUGAAGGCCACGGACAGCAACUUCAACACGCAGCCGGAGAAGUUCCACGACAUCUGGAACAUCCGGGGCAUCCUCAGCAACGCAUACCACAAGAUCAGAGUCAAAGUACAACAUCAAUAGUUUGUAAACAGCCUGUAUAUGCGCGGAUUCACUUUAGUAACGAUGGCCCUGAUGGGACCCGCAAUAGAAAAGGGGCCGUAGUUCUUAAUGACCUUUUUUAUGUUUUUUAGCCUAGGCAUCGACCACCGACUGUUAGUUGGCCGAUAGUUGAGUCGGGCUGUUAAUCAGUAUUGGCAUGUAUAAAUGAAAGUACGCACACUACACCGAUUUGAUAUCGGCCGAUUCUUCAUACAAAUUAAAAUCGGGCCCUACUUAUCGGCCAACUAAAAGUUGGUGGUCUGCGCUUGCUUAGGCUUAAACGAAUGAAAAGAACUGGAUCCGUGACUAACUGUAUAACUUCAUAGGAAUAGUUCUAUGAGGUGAGUAGCCAUAAUGAUGAUUUCUAAAAUACGAUAUUACUAUUUUGUCACUUCCGAAUAUUUUUAUAACUAAUCUAAAUUAAAAUAUAAUUUAUCCGUAUCCUUCCUUAAAAACGGCCAAAGAACGCUUUUAGAAACUAUCCAACUUUUAGUCAAACUCGCCAUUUAAUACUAAUCAUAAAAUGAUUUUAGGAAUUAUUUUGAACAAUUAGUUAGGUAUCUUAUUUUCUAUGAUUUUGUGUUACAUUUUCAGUUAAGAAAUUUACAUUCUUAGGACUUGAAUAGACAAACAUGAACAAAAGUAUUUAGACAAAAGAUCAGAGAUUAUUAUUUUGUUUUAUUUUCAUACAUAAAGUUUAUUUAUUUUAAAAUUCAAUGCAUGCAACACAAAAAAGUACAUGACAACUGGAAUAUUCUUAGAUUUUAAAGUUACAUACAUAAUUUAUUUACUAAUAAUAUGAGUUGUAGUAAAAUUUGUUACAUAUAUUUAAAGAUUGUUAUAUUGUAGGUAUAUCUUGUAAAACGUAUAUUUUAAGUAGUUAGUAGUUAUCUACUAACCCUCCCAUCAAUUUACAUUGAGGAGGUAUGUUUAUUUGUCAGAAGAAAUCCUCCUUUAUUCUCAGUACAUAAAAGUAUACGACACAAAAACAGAAUAUGCUCAACUGAACACAAAACAGCAUUGUUUACAAAAAACUUACCAGGUAUGGCACCGCGAAUUUAUAAUAAAUUACCACAUACCAUAAGAAAUAAAGAAGACUUAUUUAUUUUUAAAAAAAUCCUACACGACUUUUUAAUUGAUAAAGCAUACUACUCAGUUAGCGAAUUCCUCCUGGAUAGAUCCAUUUAAAGACAUUAUUCUACAUAAAUUGUUUGUUUGACCUUGUUAUUAUCAAAUCUAUGUGACAAAUUGACAUACUAAUGUAAUAUUAAAUUCUAUCUACUAAAUUUGACAUUGUUAAUUAUUAUUGUGACAUUUAAUUUAAUUCUUUUGUAUAAUUUCUUGAAUCACGAAAAAUUGAUUCUGUUGCAUGCCGAUAUGGUAUGAUGUAGCUGAACAAUAUAUUUUUUUAUGUGACCUAUAAUAUGUACCUACAUUAUGCAAUAAAUGAUUUUGAUUUGA